UAUACACUCAUACACUAAACAUAAGGGGAGAGAGAGAGAGCGAGUGUGUGUUAUUUUUGGUUCACUUAAAAUGAACAUAGAUGAUUCUUUUAAGAAACCAGGAGCUAUUCCAUUCAAGUGGGAGAUCCGACCCGGUGUUCCCAAGCUCCAACAACAACAACCACCUCCAUCACCAUCAUAUCAUCUCCAACGUUCAUUGAUCCAACAUCAUCAACAAAAACAACAAUCCACCAAUCACCACCGUUCAUCUCCAACUACCCCGCGAAAGCUUCGACCCCCACCCGCCGGGUUCAACUUCCAGCCUCCCCCUCCGGAGCUCCGUACCAGCUCCUUCCGCUCCGCUCCACGCACUAGGUCCGACCAAUGUCGGUUUGACCGAUCCAUUCUUGUCCAACCCGAAACCGCUGCAAUUGGGUGCUUUCCGGCUCCAUUGCUUAGGCGAAACGAUGACAAGAAGAAGAGGAGAAACCGAAAGUCCAAACCUGAGAUCGACCCGGAACCCGACUACACUUCGGAUCUUGAGACCCUGUCUCGGUGGUCAGUGUCAACUCGGAAGUCGCUCUCGCCGUUUCGUGACUCACCCUUGUCAUCAUCGUUCUCUUUCUCUUCAUACCAAUCAUCACCGCGUCCACUGAGUGAUGCCGAGUGGGCCGGGUUCGGGCUUUUCUGAAGAAAUUCACAGUUGCUUUGCAAGUUCAACUAUUAAGCCACCCGUCGUCUCAGUUUGUUUGGGAUGAAAGUGGUGAAAAGUGAGAAAAAUAAAUUUUUUUGUGAGUUUGUUUAGGAUAAAAAUGAUGAAAAGUAUCAAAACAAGAGAAGAUUUUCUUGUACAACUAGGAUUAUAAUUAAAGAGUUAUUUGGGAAGUA